AUGUGCAAUGAAUACUUGGAAGAAUCAAUGGAUGAAGAACAGUUGCAGAAGCUAAUUUCUUCCCUUUGCAUUUUAUCCAAGGAUGGAUCCAUCCCGUUGAUAGAAAUUAUUCCUUCUACAGUACAUACGUUCACUGUAUUGGUAAGCGCUGCGCCAUGCGAAAAGUUAGCCCAUCAUCUCCAUCAACGUUGGCUUUCAGAAGCAAACUUUACAAAAAUCGCUGCGCGCAUCAUUUUGCAUCACCAGCAUAUGCACGAAACAGAUCUUGGACUGUUUUCAUGCUGUUUAGGGCACGUCCUGUCAGAUUUCCAAUUUAGACAGCAAAUAAGACAAGAAAAUAGACUCGUUUUCAGAAACAGUGUUCGUGUGAUGUUUGAUUUCUAUCCCGUGUACAAACAGAUAGAUGCCACUGUUAGUGAAUGCUUGGUAGAACCAAUAUUUACUUCACUGCGAGAAUUAAUCAACGAUGAUCCUGACGAGAAAGACAUCGAAGCUGCCGCUGAACUUAUCAUCGACUAUGGCAAUGUUUUAAUGAAAAUUGAGCCCGAUAAAUGUAACAAUUUUAUUACUGCAUUACGAGCACACUUAUGUGACAGCCAUCUAAGUUCCAUUACACGACGAUUGAUAUUACAAGCUCUGGACUUUUGGACAUACAAAUGGAAUGAUGAGAAUUUUCCCUUUUGCAUCAAACAAUUCAAUGAGACAUCAGCUCAGAUAAGAAAAAAUCCUAAAGAAACAUCACAAGUGCCAUCACAAAGCAUCACAGACAAAAAUGAUCAUCACGCUGUGUAG